AUGGCUUCUAAUAAUAAUGUCCAAAUUCUUGAAAAUCAUGAGUUCGAAAUCUCGAAUUCGACACGAAUUUCCCACCGCUACCGAACACUAUCGUUUACAUCAAUGUGCUCCGAUUCUUGGGAUUUGUCUUACGGGUCCUCGUCGUCGUCAUCAUCAUCGUUUUUGUACCUCGAUGAUUACCCUACGUUUAGUCCAUCGACACCUCUCAAGUUCAAAGGCAUCCCGUUUUCUUGGGAAAAAAAUCCCGGGAUCCCAAAGAACAACCAAUCGAGUUCCAAGAAGAAGGAAUAUUCCGAGCAUCUCCUUCCGCCGCCGCCUGCCGGAAGCUCCAACUCCGGCGACAAGAAGUCGAUCCACCAGGAAGAGAUCUUCCCCAAGAAAAGCAAUAGGUUCCAACAAAGGGACCCAUUUUUUGCAGCAUUGGUUGAAUGUUCUAAGGAUGAUGAUGAUGAUGAACAUCAUGGUACAAAAUACUAUGGCACAAUGUGGAAAGGUAACUCCAAGAAUAUUACAAGGAGCUUAAGUGAUAGGUUUGCUUUCAUGAACUACACUUCUUGCAAAAGGACUUGCGCGGUUUCGGUACCGAAUAUCUAUGUUCGACCAAAACCGAGCCCUCACGGUUUUAUCGAUCGUCGUUCGAGCUAA